UACUGUUGACAUACAUAAACACAUUGUGUCGUGUCUCAAAAAAUUAACGAAACUCUUAGUGCGUGAGUGUAUUACGCAUAAAAUCAUAUCGAUCGAUUUCUGCGCAUAAUUUUGUUUGAAAUAAAUUUAAUUUGAAAAUGUUUACACCAAAUCCAUCCAUCAAAUGUGAAAAGGAUAAUAUGCAAUUCGUUCGAAUACCGGAAGAUUAUUUCAACGAAGCAAAUAAUUUGCGUGCAUCUAAUGUUCAGUUAAAGUGCAACAAUCAAACGGUUCCGUACAGUAAGCAUUUUCCGUUCAUCGGAAAUGUAAACAACAAAAGUGUUCAAUGUGAAUAUUAUUUCAAAAGUUCCACGAAUGCCUGUGAACACUCGAGUAAUUAUGAAAAAUAUUACUUAGCCAAGCCAACGGAUUUGCAUUACGGUAAAAUGAAUUCCAAUCCGACAGCUAACCAUCAUGAUUUGAUGAACAUUGGAACAUUGGAGGAAACAAUACAUUAUCCGAUGGAUGAAAGUAUCAAUUACGAAUUUGAUAUUCCGAUAUCACUUGCAACGAAGGAUAAAAGUUUCGGUCAUUUACGCGAGAUCGAUGAAGCGAAUAAUGAUGAAAUCGGCAAUGCCAGCAAUCCAGUUCAACCUCAUAAUUAUCCCAGUAAUCGCAAGGAACGUACGGCGUUCACAAAACUACAAGUUCAGGAACUUGAAGCCGAAUUCAAUCAUUCGAACUACCUCUCACGGUUGCGACGAUACGAAAUCGCGGUUGCAUUAGAAUUGACCGAACGGCAGGUAAAAGUUUGGUUCCAGAACAGACGUAUGAAAUGGAAGCGGAUUCAAAAUAAUUCUCCAUAGAAAUAAUUUAUUUUGGAAUUAAUUUAUCAAUUUUAUAAGUUUGUGGUAAAUAAAAUUU